GCAUUCCAAGGCUCGGAGCCCGCAGGGCCGGGCAACGUUCCCAAGGACGCCUGCGCGCUUGCGCCCAGCUUUGAGCCAGCCCGCGGCGUGGUGUUCUGGUGCUGGCUAUGGCACCCUGGUUGGGAGUCGGGCUCCUGCGGCUCACUCCCAUCGGUGCCCUGUGGCUGAUCCUGGCCUCCGCCUUCCUCCUGGCCCUGCUGCUGCAGUCUGUGCCGCCCAGCGCCUUUCCCCAAGGCCCCUUGGCUCUGUCUACCUUUUUCAAGGACCUGAUUCGCUAUGGAAAAACCAAGAGCGUGGGGCAGCUGCGCCCGACCUCCUACGAGGUCUUCGAUUUGCCCAAGAGGUGGUUUUCCCAUUUCUAUAUCAUUUCGGUGGCGUGGAACGGCUUCUUGCUUUUGUGCCUGACCAGGGCCCUGCUCCUGGGAACACCCUUUCCAGGGUGGCUUCAUGACUUGCUUGGGAAACUCGGGGCUUCCCAGAUACAAGGUGAUGAGCUGGCCCUGUCUGCCUUCUUGGUUCUAGUGUUUGUCUGGCUGCACAGCAUCCGCAGGCUCAGCGAGUGCCUCUUCAUCAGCGUGUUCUCCGAGAGUGUGAUUCACGUGGUUCAGUACUGCUUUGGAAUCUCUUAUUAUAUUAUUAUUGGCCUAACUGUGCUGAGCCAAGUGCCGGUUAAGGGCAGAAAUGUUUACGUAGGGAAAAGUCUGUUGAUGCAGGCGCGUUGGUUCCAUAUCCUGGGAAUGAUGAUGUUCAUCUGGGCAUCUGUCCAUCAGUACAGGUGCCAUGUCAUCCUGGCUAAUAUGAGGAAGAAUGAUUCAGGGGAGGAGAACCCCUGCCAGUCUCAAGAUGGAUACUUCCAGGAUGGCAGGCAACCUGGGCCCAACAAGAAGAGCCACCGUGGCCUCCAACCACUGGGAAUGCCCCAACAAUUGACUGCAGCAAAUGACCAUUGGGGUUCAUUCAGAAGAGCUCAGGAUUUGGGGAGGAACCAUGGGGCAGAGCCUUCUCAGCAACACCCCGCCCCCCCCACUCCCCCACUGUUUUACAUUUGGAUUAAAGCUGCAGAGACAUCUUUUCGACCAACUGUGCCAGUCCUUAAAAGUGAAGUUACUGAAUUACGUUAUAUUAAAGUAUUCUUGUGAGCUGGGAUUUUCUAGGGUUGGCCUUUUUUGUGUUUGUGUAGGAAUAAAAGACCUGGCCCUUCAUCCAUUCCUAUUGUAGUCCCAGGACCUUUUUCACUUGCCCCUUUCUUUCCCCAGAGGUUGGGUUGCCCUCAGGCGAAGGCACAGAAAAGAGGAGAGUUUACUCUCCCUCAGACCAGCUGGACCCCUGGGGACAGAUCCUAUUCUAGGCCUUGUGGGCUCAGCAGGAGUGCCUCAAGGCACCUGUGAUGGUAUCAGGGUUCUCUUUUUUCAUUUUUCCUAAAAGGCCACAGAACUGUCCCUCAGUCUCCCUGGAUGUGACUUCUCAGCCACCUAAGGAGUUAAAAGUGCUUCCAUGGAGUUAGGGCUGCUCUAGCCAUCUGAUGGGUCACAGGAGCCACCCUGUUGGUCAAAUGUAUUUCCAUAUGGAAAGAAGAUCUAUGACUACAAAGUGCCAUCAGAUCCUUGGUGCAAUAUAUGCACGGUAUUUGGGCUGUAAGCCUUCUCUUGUUAACUGCUCCAUGACUUACAAGUACCCCAACUAAAACUGAGCUGACAGGUUGCAGCCCUGGAGGAGAUGGCCUUGUGGCUCACAUCCUGUUUGAGUUGAGGCAGGGCACUGCAAAUACAAGGGCUGAGCCAUCAGGGGACCAAACACUGCCUGGAACCCGGGCAUAGGAGCCCCUCUGAUCAUGUAUGGGACAGGGAACUCCAGCACCCUCUCCUUGUUGACCUUUUUGCAGAAGGUGGUCUGACCCAAGAAUAAAACUAAACUUUCUAAAGUGCACAUCUGAGUGUGGCAUCCCCCUCUCUUCAGUUACCUGACAUCUCUGGGACCAAGUGGCAGGAUAUUCCAGGACACCAAGGUUCUUCCCCAAGCCAAAAUGCCAAGCAUUCAAAUUCUACUGCAGAGAGGGCAACUUUGAUAGGCUGGCCAUGCUGCUCAAAUGCCCAACACACUUUGCCUUAAAGACUAUUUUACUGAGAACACACACAAGGCAUAGAGGUCAGAAGGAGAGCUGUAAGGAAAUUCUUAACAUCUCUCUGAAGAAUUUAGUAUUAUUGGGAGACAUGGGAGAUGCUAGCACAGGACCAUCCAGGAUGGUGUGCAGACAUUAAAGAAGAGUCUGUGCUCUAUGAGCAAAGCAGAAUUGUAGUAGCUCAAAAGAAACAUGAGAUGCACCAACUUAAAGAUAUCUCCAUCCUAAAUGUGCCCAACCUGUGGGAGAGCCUUCUGAGUUCAGUGGUCUGAGCAGACACACUGUACACUGACACCAACAUAGGAUUUUGGUCCUCUUUGAGUAAAAAGACAGCCACCACCAAGUAUCAAAUAGGAAAUCCUCUGCUUGGCCUUCAGAGCCCUUCAUAACCUGGCCCUCUUCUACCUUUCCAAUCUUUUUAUUCACCCUAGCAUACUUUGCAAGCUAAUAAUACUGACCUUUUUUGCUAUUCUUCACACAAGACAAUUAAUCCCCUGACUAGAGGCAUUUUCCCUGGCUGUCCCCCAUACCUGGAAUUCUCUUCUUCCUCAUCUCCAUUACCUGAAUUCCCUGGCUUUCUUAAAGUCCCAUGGCCUUUCCCAACCCCACCUGAAUGCCUUCCCUCAGUUGAUUAUCUCCAAUUUAUCUAGGGUAGGUAUAUGUACUUUUUGUAAAUAGCUGUUUGCAUGUUGUCUCCAUUAGAUUGAGAGAUCCUUGACAGUAAGGACUACUUUUGGCCUUUCUUGGUAUCCCCAGUGUCUGGCACAGAGUAGCUUCUUAAUAACUGCUGGUUCACGGAAUAUCUGGAUGAAAGGAAACUGGUUUGGAACAUUCAGCAACAACAAUGAACUUUCAGUUUUAGAGACCAUGUUCUGAAAGCCAAAGGGGAGCAAGCCAAAUGGAGCCUUUGUCCAUGCAAGUGAAAGGAUACUCUCCUAAGAGGAUUGGGGACUGAUUGACAGGGCACAGAUAGGAACUCACCAUAUAAUCUUUGACCCAGAGGUUCUGAUUCCAGAGAUACCCAUUCCACUGAGAUUGGAGUCAUGAGAUAAGAGUUGGAAAUGAGGAAGAGAUUUAAGAAUUUCUACUAGUGACAAAAAAAUCCCUAGAAUUUUCUUAUGACUGCUUCCAUCAGGAGGGUGAUUCUCUGCCCUAAAGGAGCAGGAGCUGGGCAGGUUUUCUCCAUCAAGAAACUAGAGGGGUUUCAGGAGAAGUUAAAGCAGACAUCUAAUGAGUCAGCACAGCAAUGGCUCCUAGUCUAAUGGAGCCAAGGCUAAGAUGCUCUUCACAGCUGAGUGCCAACGGUUGGGAAAUUCUCAGAGGACUUUCAUGUAUAAUCAGGUAAAUAGAUUAGCACCUCUGGAUGGAGACUGCCUUCUAUCUUUUUAGGUGGUUGAGUUGGGAAUUAUUCACACAUGGCUCCAUAAAGAAAAACUCACAUCACAGCUAGUUCCCCACAGGGAUCUGAAUGAAACAGGUUGAAGUUCUUUUUUUUUUUUUAAACCCUUACCUUCCGUCUUGGAGUCAAUACUAUGUAUUGGCUCCAAGGCAGAAGAGUGGUAAGGGCUAGGCAAUGGGGGUCAAGUGACUUGCCCAGGGUCACACAGCUGGGAAGUGUCUGAGGCCAGAUUUGAACCUAGGACCUCCCGUCUCUAGGCCUGGUUCUCAAUCCACUGAGCUACCCAGCUGCCCCCCAGGUUGAAGUUCUUAAAGGAAAUAGGGUUGAAAGAUUGGAUUUAUGACCUCCCCUCAACCCAUAAAUUAAAAAAAAAGCAUACACCCCAUGACUAGCCUGUUUUCUGGAGAGAACCCCAAUAAGCUUUAGGUUUUAGCUAUAGAUCUUCCUGUCACACAACUAUGCAAAUAUCAGCUGACUGGUGAAAUUUGAGAUCAAGUCAGGAGGCCAAGGCUGUUGUGACUUUGUUUCUUUGUUUCUUUUUUUUUUUAACCCUUUCCUUCCCUCUUGGACUCAAUACUGGGUAUUGGUUCCAUGGCAGAAGAGUGGUAAGGGCUAGGCAAUGGGGGUUAAGUGACUUGCCCUGCGUCACAUUUUUAAAAAAAAUUUUAAACCUUUAUCUUCCAUCUCAGAAUUAAUACUAUGUAUUAGUUCCAAGGUAGAAGAACAGUAAGGGUUAGGCAAUGGAGAUUAAGUGACUUGCCCAGGAUCAAACAGUUAGGAAGUGUCUGAGGUCAUAUUUGAACCUAGGACCUCCUGUCUCUGGGCCUGACUGUCAAUCCACUAAACCACCCAGCUGCCCCAGGCAGUUGUGACUUUGGCAAAUUCUGUUGUUAGUAUGACUAGGGCAGUACUACCCUCUCCAAACCAAUCUGGGUAGGUUGAGGGCAAUGACACCCUUUCCAGUACAACAUAUUUGAUGUUACCAUGAGUGUUUUGGUAAUGAAAAAUAAAAAAGCUAAAAUGUAACCAACAACUUAUUUCUUAAAGUCAUGAAAUGACAUUUAUCUAGCAUUUUAUACAAAAUGCUUUCAUGUCCACACUUUUACCUUGAAAAUUAGGUAAACUAGAUAUAGAUCAGAAAAUUGAGGUUCAAAAAGGGAAAGUGAUUUGCUCAAGAUGGAACAGCAAGUCUCAAAACUAGAACUGAAUUACUGGUUUUCUGACUUAGAAUUCAAUUUUAUUUCUAGCUUUGUGAUGAUUUCUGUUAGCCAGUAGGGAAAGUGAAGACCUAAUUAGAAUAACAUAGGUUUUCAAAUGGAAUCAAAAGAAAUUAUAAUUGAAAUAGCAAUGCUUUUACAUUGUUCUUCCAAAGACAAUCUCCAACUUCCUAGUAGGAGGAAUCCCCCCCCCCCCAUACUACAUUAAGAAUAUAUACAGCUGGGAAAAUUGGAGGACAGUGUGGGAAAGAUUAGGUUUAGAUCAACACCUCACACCCUACACCAAGAUAAAUUCAAAAUGGGUGAUUGACUUGAACAUAAAGAAGGAAACUAUAAGAAAAUUAGGUGAACACAGAAUAGUAUACAUGUCAGACCUUUGGGAAGGGACAGGCUUUAAAACCAAGCAAGACUUAGAAAGAGUCACAAAAUGCAAAAUAAAUAAUCUGGAAUACAUCAAAUUAAAAAGUUUUUGUACAAGCAAAACCAAUGUAACUAAAAUCAGAAGGGAAGCAACAAAUUGGGAAACAAUCUUCAUAAAAACCUCUGACAAAGGUUUAAUUACUCAAAUUUACAAAGAGCUACAUCAAUUGUACAAAAAAUCAAGCCAUUCUCCAAUUGAUAAAUGGGCAAGGGACAUGAACAGGCAGUUCUCAGCCAAAGAAAUCAAAACUAUUAAUAAGCACAUGAAAAAGUGUUUGACAUCUCUUAUAAUCAGAGAGAUGCAAAUUAAAACAACUCUGAGGUAUCACCUCACACCUAGCAGAUUGGCCAACCUGACAGUAAAGGAAAGUAAUGAAUGCUGGAGGGGGUGUGGCAAAGUAGGGACAUUAAUUCAUUGCUGGUGGAGUUGUGAAUUGAUCCAAUCAUUCUGGAGGGCAAUUUGGAACUAUGCCCAAAUGAUAAGAGACUGUCUGCCCUUUGAUCCAGCUAUAGCACUGUUGGGUUUGUACCCCAAAGAGACAAUAAGUAAAAAGACUUGUACGAGAAUAUUCAUAGCUGCACUCUUUGUGGUGGCCAAAAAUUGGAAAAUGAGGGGAUGCCCUUCAAUUGGGGAAUGGCUGAACAAACUGUGGUAUAUGUUGGUGAUGGAAUACUAUUGUGCUAAAAGGAAUAAUAAAGUAGAGGAAUUCCAUGGAGACUGGAACAACCUCCAAGAAGUGAUGCAGAGCGAAAGGAGCAGAACCAGUAGAACAUUGUACACAGAGACUGAUACAUUGUGGUACAAUCGAAGGUGAUGGACUUCUCCAUUAGUAUCAAUGCAGUGACCCUGAACAAUCUGCAGGGAUCUAAAAAACACUAUCCACAAGCAGAGGAUAAACUAUGGGAAUAAAAACACUGGAGGAAAAGCAACUGCUUGACUACAGGGGGGAAGGGGAUACACUGAGGAGUGACUCCAAUUGAACACUCUAAUGCAAAUACCAACAACAUGGAAAUGGGUUCGAACCAAGAACACAAGUGAUACCCAGUGGAAUCGUGCGCCGGCUAUGGGAGAGGUGGUGGGAAGGGGGUGGGGGGGAGGAAAAGAAAAUGAUCUUUGUUCCCAAUGAAUAAUGUUUGGAAAUGACCAAAUAAAAUAAUGUUUAAAGUGAAAAAAAAAAA